AUGACAUAUAAUUUGACAUGUUUCAAUGCUGAAACUGAUUUCACUCAUGAAGGUAUUAUGAUGUAUCGAUUUCGAGCUUAUGUAACACCAUUAAUUGUAAUAUUUGGAACAAGUGGAAAUAUUCUUGUGAUUAUUGUAUUUAUUAUAAUGCAAAAGAAAUCACCAUGUCGAUUUAACUCAUAUAUAAUUGGUAUUACAGUUGCACAUAUUAUGGAAUUAAUAUUUAAUGCAUUUUUAGAUGAUUUUCUUGGUAGAGGAUUAGCAUGGUUAACAAAAUGUAAUAUAAUAAUUAAACUAGAUACUUAUUCAUUAUUUUUAUGUAAAUUUUUUUCAUACAUUCCAGAAACAUCCGGAUUAAUUUCAACAAAUGUUUUAGUAUUAUUUAGUUUUGAUCGUAUACUCACUGUAUUUCAUCCAAUUCGAUUUCGUGGUGAUCGUUAUCUUCAUGUAGCUUGUUUCGGUAUUAUAAGUAUUUAUAUAAUUGGAAUGAUAUUAUAUUUACCAACAGCUAUCAAUUCUGGUCUUAUAACAAAUCAGCAUAAUUAUACAAUUUGUCAAUUUGUUGAUCCAUUAAAAUUUAGUGUUCAGUAUAAUUUAUAUUUAUCGAAUAUUGGUGCAACAAUUAUACCAACAUUAGUAGCAUUUAUAACCACUAUUAUUAUAACUGUUAAACUACGUAGAAUAUUUAAAGAACGUUAUGAUAUGUGUCAACAUGUUGAUCGUAAUACAAAUGAAUUACGUCGUAUAGCUGGACAUUUAGCUAUGACAACAAUGUUUUUCAUAUUAAAUAUACCAUUAAUUAUUGUUGUCAUAUUAAGACAACAUUCAGAUUACAGUAAUUACAAUACAUUUUAUCCAAAAUAUACAAAUAAAUUAAAACAUCUUUCAAAAUUAUUUAGUUCUAUUAAAUCAGUCAAUGCUGCUAUGGAAUUUCCUACAUUUUUCACAUUUCUACCAUCAUUCCGUCAACAUUUAUGUUGUUUAUUAUGUAGACAACAAAAAUCAAGUUUAAAAGAUAUUUUCUCUUUACACAGUGUACAAGAAACAUGGAAAACAGUAUUAAGACGAAAUUAUAUUAAAUCAAAUACAUCAAAUAAUACAAAUAAAAACCGAUCUACCGAUAAACCACAUAAUACAAAUCGAGAAUUACAUUUAUAA